AAUGGAAAAAAUAAAAAAUAAAAAUCUCCACUUCCCCAUCUAUAUUCUUUCUUCUCUCUCUCGUCACCCCUCAUCUUAUACACAACAAUGGAGAAAGUAGAGCACCGUAUGGUCCCCGUCAACGGCCUCAACAUCCACGUGGCCGACCUUGGCCAGGGGCCCCUCGUCCUCUUCCUCCACGGCUUCCCCGAGCUCUGGUACUCGUGGCGCCACCAGAUGGCAUUCGUGGCGGCGCGGGGCUACCGAGCUGUGGCGCCGGACCUGAGGGGCUACGGCGACACCACCGGCGCGCCGCUCGGCGACCCAUCGAAGUUCAGCACGCUUCACCUGGUCGGCGAUCUGGUCCUGCUUCUGGGGGCGAUCGCGCCGGAUGAGGACAAGGUGUUUGUCGUCGGCCAUGACUGGGGAGCUUACAUCGCCUGGCACCUGUGCUUGUACAGGCCCGAUAAGGUCAAGGCCCUGUUCAAUUUGAGUGUAGCUUUUAUUCCAUGGAGUCCUGAGAUGAGCACAGUGGAGAAGGCUAGGAAAUUGUAUGGGGAUGACUAUUAUAUUUGCAGAUUUCAGGAGCCUGGUGAAAUAGAAGCUGAAUUUGAAAAGCUUGGCACCAAGGAAUUUUUCAAGAAUAUGUUUGCAUACAGAACUCCCGGCCCACUUUAUUUCCCGAAAGGUAAAGGAUUCGGGUACUCGGCUGAGAGGGUACCUUGGUUAACUGAAGAGGAUCUCGACUACUAUGUCAGCAAAUUCGAGAAGACGGGUUUCACUGGUGCUGUGAAUUACUACCGCGCAUUCGGCUUAAACUGGGAACUGAAUGCGCCAUGGUGUGGGGCUGUGGUGAAAGUGCCGGCAAAGUUUCUGAUAGGGGAUUUAGACCUGACCUAUCACGUGCCAGGAGCAAAGGACUUCAUACACAAAGGCGGGUUCAAGAAGUUUGUGCCCCUGCUCGAGGAUGUUGUGGUUUUGGAAGGAGCGGCCCACUUUGUCAACCAAGAAAGGCCAGACGAGGUUAAUGAGCACAUCUAUGCUUUUCUCAAGCAGUUCUGAAAUAAUAUUGUGUUCUUGUGUUGUAGCUACUAAAACGGAAGGUUGUCUUUGGAUAAUAAGAAUUAGACAUUUUGAGGUUUUCUCCUUGUUGUAGCUUUAACUUGCAGCAUCAUACAAUAAAUCUUGACUUUUUUUAACAAUAAAAUGCCCAAGGAUUUAAUGUUUGCUUGAUAUUGGAAUAGUAUCUUAUUAUUGAAUUCAAGGGACCUCAUUUUAUUAGGUCUUCCCAACAAUUAUGAUCCUUGAGACUAUUGCUAACUAGGGUUCCUUGAGUCAAGGGGAUAUGUUCAAGGACAGAAAUAUUGAUCAUCAAAGCUAUUGUCAAU